AUGGAGAGUUUGAAGAGCGACCCAGAUCAAAAUGAACCCAAAGAUACCUACAAGAUGGCUUAUAUAAUCCAUUUCUUACUUGGUGCAGGCAAUUUGCUUCCAUGGAAUGCGUUAAUCACAGCUAUUGACUACUUUGGCCAUCUUUUUCCAGAAAAACAUGUAGAAAAAGUGUUCUCAGUAGCUUAUAUGAGUUCGUCAACUUUAGUUUUAAUUAUUGUGAUAAGUUGGAGAAAUUUCAGCAGAAUAGUCACCUUCCAAGUGAGGAUGAACGUGGGAUUUACCAUGUUUUGUCUGUCUCUCAUGGUAACUCCAUUGAUUGACUGGUCUUGGCAGGACGUGAAGUCUAGCACAGCAUUCUAUGUCGUGGUUGCAUCAGUUGUGAUAUGUGGUUUAGCGGAUGGUUUAAUAGGAGGGAGCCUCGUAGGAUCUGCAGGAAAAUUGCCAAAACAAUACAUGCAGGCCAUUUUUGCUGGAACGGCUUCAUCAGGAAUUCUUGUUUCCCUCUUGCGGAUUACAACAAAGGCAUCACUCCCACAUGAUCCACAAGGGCUCAAGAAAAGUGCUCACUUAUAUUUCCUAGUUAGCACGCUCAUUUUGUUGGUUUGCAUGGUUUUUUGUACCCUGCUGUACAAGUUUCCAGUCAUGGAACAACAUUACAAAUUACUCCAACGUGACAGUUCCGCAUCAAGGACUAAAUUCUGGGAUGUAGCAAGAAUGAUCCGAUGGCCUGCUCUAGGGAUAUUCAUCAUAUAUACUGUAACUCUAUCGAUUUUUCCAGGAUUCUUAGCAGAAAACAUAGAGUCACAACUCCUUAAAGACUGGUACCCAAUAAUGUUGAUUACCACUUACAAUAUUGCCGAUUUUGCUGGAAAAUCCUUCACCGCGAUUUAUGUCCUAAACAAUAUUACUAAGGCUACGUGGGGUUGUAUGUGCAGGUUGUUGCUAUAUCCACUUUUCACAGCCUGCCUCCACGGACCUAAACGGCUUAAAAAUGAGGUGUUUGUGGUAUUUCUGACGGUUAUUUUGGGGUUCACCAAUGGGUAUCUGACAAGUGCCAUCAUGAUUCUAGUGCCUAAAUUAGUGCCACCUUCAGAAGCAGAAAUAUCUGCGAUUGUGAUGGCUCUGUUCUUAGGACUGGGGUUAGUUUCUGGUUCUGUUCUUGGCUGGUUUUGGAUCAUCUGAAGCUACACAGACAACAAGAAAGGAAGGAAAAUUCUCUAGGACAACAAAAUUAUUAGAUCUUCUAGUUACCAGAUGUAGUCUCUCGUUUGUCCUAUUUCUUAGCUUUUAAUAUUAUACAAGAAUAUCAUUAAUUUUUAUUACAUGCAAUCGAUGAUGAAGAAAAAGAAAAGGAUCCGAAGAAAAAGAGCUACGGAUGUAGAUCAGACAAGAUGGUGGGUUCUGAGAAUUUGUGAGCUGGAAUGUCAAAAGGUUGGGCA